GGGAGCGGUCCCACCGGGGAAUGACAAACUAAAAAGACGUGUUGGGUCAGUCACACCUGACAGCACUCCGAGCACACGACACAAAAACACAAGACCGACAGAAAACAGCAGCGGACACCAUGAGGGACACGGCCAAGAAAAACGGAGACCGGAGAAAUAAUAAUGCGGACGUCUCGUGUUCAGCCAAUGGGAGAGGAAUCAAAAAAGAUGACGACGGCUCAUUUCCGGUGAAGAUUCAGGGUGCAGGCGUCGAACCCUUCGAGCUGCAGGUUCAUGGGUUCUGGCUGGUCCAGGAUGCCAUCAUGAGUGUUUUGGGCAGAGAAGAGGUGACGCCGCGCUCGUCUGUGGCUUUGGCCCUUUCAGGAGUGACUUUAGACCCCAUGAUGGAGCUCCAGGACAUCAAGGGCUUCAAAGCUGGAGUCACUCUCCGUCUUGUGGAAGAGCCGUACUCUCCUCGGUCAGCACAGGCUCAUCUAGCUCGUGUGCAGGAGAUGCUGAAAGCUGCCGGACCACAAGAUGCCCUACUGGAGGGCCGAUCGCCUGCUGUGCUGAACACACUCACACAAACGUCUGAAGCCCCUCCCACUCUUCACUCUUCAAAGAACAGACGGACCAAUAGUAAAACAGAGCAGUCUACUGAAGCCCCGCCCCCUCCUGCCUACAUUUUGCCUGGAGUUUCAGAAGUUCCUCCCUUGACCACUCUGCUGCCCACAAACACACACACUGAAGUAUCUUUUAGCGUGACAAUUUAUUAUUGUUUUCUCUCUCUUUUUAUCACCUGUCUGGUAGGUGUGCAGUUUCCCAGCUCUGAAAGCGACUCUGUGGAGCUGCAGAAGAGAUUAUUGAAGGAAGCGGCGUCUUUCAUCAUUCAUAACCAAAUACCAGCAUUUAUGAACGACUGCAUUGAAAGCUCUGAUGUGCCGAUGGAUGGAGCUUCAUUAAGACAAGCCCUCCAUCAGAAAGGCAUAAACCUCCGUUAUUUGGGUCACCUGAUCUCCUCCAUCAGCCAAUCAGAUCUCAAACAUCAGCUGAGGCACAUCAAGAGACUGGCAUUUGCAGAGAUUGUAGUGCGCUGUGCACAGCGGUUCUUCAGUGGAUACAUUCAGGGAGUGGAGACGUCAAACCUGUCAGCAGCUGUCAGUCAUUUCCUCUGCUGCUUAUUGGUGCCACACUUCAGUUCAGCCUCCAAUGGGGAGGAGUCUAAGAAGCGCUCCAGGAGGCGUGGCCGUGGAGGGGGCGGGGCUACAGACAGCGCUGCAUGGAACGCCCUCAGUGGGAAUGAACUGUGGAGUCUGAUCUGUCAGGAUGCGCAAGAAACAUACAGACUUAAAGAAGGGUUAGGAUCAAAUGUGGACCAUCUAGUUGAGCAGUAUGGACUACAGAAGAUGUCCUUGUUGAGAGAAAUGUGCUUGAAAACUGGCAUUCAGCUUCGUCUCAAAGAAUAUGCCUUUGACAGUCGUAACAAAGCUCCCAUCUCUCCUGAUGAUGUACUCAAUGUUCUUCCUGUCGUCAAACACAUCAUGAUGACAACCAGCGACGCCACGCGGAUGUUUAUGGCGGCCCAAAACAGCCUUCAGAAAGGUUUGCUGGAGAAGGCGUAUGAGCAGCUGAAAGAAGCGUCGUAUCUCUUCAGUCGUGUGUGUGAUGAUCUUCAUCCUGAAGCCUGUCACUGUCUCAGUCUGCUGGCAAAAGUAGCCUAUGUUCAAGGUCAUCCUGCUGAGGCUCGCAGUGUUCAGCUGAGGGUUGUGGUCAUCAGUGAAAGAGUUUUGGGCUUCGAUCAUCCCAACACCAUUCAGCAAUACGUGUUAUUAGCGGUGUAUCUGUACGCUGGGGGUGAAGCGGCUCUGGCUCAGCGAUGUCUUUAUCGAGCCAAAGUCCUCCUGCUGACGGUUCAUGGAGGAGAUCAUCCAUACACCGCAGUCAUAGAUGCUUCUCUGGGUUUAAUUCUUCAGGGAGAGCAGUCAUUACAGUUUCUCCAGAAUGCACUGAAGAUCAGCCAGUCCUUCAGAGGAGACGCAGACCUCACAACCGCUCUCAUUCACCACCUGCUGGCUCAGAGACUGUGUGUGUCCGGCGACUACAGAGGAGGCAUGAACCAUGAGAAAGAGGCGCACAGCAUCUUCCAGAACAAGUGCGGUGAAGAUCAUCCUCAAACAAAAUGCAGCUCAGACUACUUGAGGAACAUUACCCAGCAGGCCGUGCGUGUGGAGCGCUCCAUCCGGCAGGGAGGAGCAGAGGCAUCUGAAACACCGCCGGAGGGUUUGUUUCCUUCUCAGGACACGACGCUGGAGCAGCUUGCUCUGGUCAACGGCAUACUCAAAACUUCAUACAGCACAAGAAUGAUGGAGUUUAAAGAGAAACUGAAAGAGAGGAAAGCAGCAGAAGAGGCGGGAAAGACCAAACAGGAAUCAACCAAUGAGAACCAAGCUUCAGAGCCAUCAGCCAAUAACGGAGAGGCUACUGAUGAAGGAGAACAGGCCAAUGGAAAUGCAGAACGGCAAACAACAGGAAGUGAUAAGGCUUCAGAGAAAACGGAUCACACACACAUGAACGGCCAGAUGGAGUCCCACAUGCAUAACGGAGUCUCGAAAUCUGAAAAUGAGGAGGAGAAAUGCCAGUCUGACAUCAUUAAUGGGAUUCCACCUGAGAGCCAAUCAAAAUCGAGCAUCGUUAUGAUGUCACCAAGCGAAGCGCAGACAGAAUCAGCAGUGGGGAAUGUGAAAGCGUGUGUUGUGAAUGAAGAGAAACUGGAUGAGGAAUGAGCGUUUGAAGAUGAUUGUACAACCAGUUCAGUUUUUUUACUUGCAGUAUAACACAAAAUGGAGCCAAAUUACAAUGUGUCUCAAAGUCUUAACAUGUUUUGACCAAAUAAAUUUUCAUUUCGGUGUGUGAACA